AUGGUUCAGCACCAAGAAGUCGCUCUUCAAAGAAGCUUCAGCUACAACACAACAAGAAAGAUCAGUCCAGAGACCUCUCCGGCGCGUAAGUUACACUCCCGCUCUUAUUCCUCCAGCUGCUCCUCCUCCAUCCCACCCAUCCCUGAGAAUGAACUCUUCCUGGUACCUUUCCACAGAUUCACCUCUGCCUCUAAACACAUCGUGAAAGCCGACUUGAGGCUAUCUUUCUUCGCACGUGCUAUCAUCCACCUCGUUAACCUUCCACCACCCUCUUCCUCCUCCGCCAGUAACCAGCUGAUCACCGGUAAAUCCUCUUCCCUUGGGAGAAGAGUCACGGGAACUUUGUACGGACACAGAAGAGGCCACGUCACGUUUUCAUUCCAGGACGGUCCGAGAACGGACCCAGCGUUUCUCUUAGACCUUCCCAUGUCAACGGAAACUCUAGGCAAAGAGAUGUCGUCAGGGCUCGUAAGGAUCGCGUUGGAGUGCGAGAAACGUCACCGUUCGGGGAAGAAGCUUUUCCACGAGCCUAAAUGGACCAUGUUUUGUAACGGCAGGAAGUACGGUUCCGCGGUGUCGCGUAGCGGGGAGUGUAACGAGUUGGAUAGGCGCGUGCUGAAUACGGUGUCGAGUGUGACGGUUGGAGCUGGAGUUAUUCCGACGGUGAGUGACGUGGCUGGUGGUGGAAAGGAGCUUGGGGAGUUGAUGUAUAUGAGAUGUACGUUUGAACGUGUCGUGGGGAAUCGUGACUCGGAGGCGUUUUAUAUGAUGAACCCUGACGAAAACGAAGGUCCUGAACUCAGUAUUUUUCUUCUUAGAACAUGAAGAAAAUGUCAAAUGUUUACAAACAAAAAAAAAAACAGAAGAUUUUUUUUUGUUUUAAGAGAGAGUUGCUUGGCUUUUAAAAAAUUUGAAAAUGUCUUAGUUAUUAUUUUAUAAUUGUAAUGUUAUUAUUAUAUAGGUUAUUUUCUAAUCUUCUGCUUAUCAGAUGUUGCGGUGUUUUUCUUGUUGUUGUUGUUUUUACAGCAAUGUUCUGC